UUUCUCACUUUGGUUUUCUGGUAAGCACAGUGAGAGCGUAGAAACUGAAAACUAGGGUUCUAGCUUUGCUUCUCCGUCGAAAUUUGCAUCUGAAUCUGCGAAAAUGACCAAAUUCAGGAAGCUAGGUCGACCCACCGGUCACCGAAUGUCCAUGCUCAGAACCAUGGUAUUGCAGUUGGUAAAGCACGAACGCAUCGAAACAACUGUUGCUAAGGAGGUCAGAAGGCUUGCAGAUAACAUGGUACAGCUUGGAAAGGAGCUCACCCUCCCUGUCUCCAAGGCCGCUCAGCUUCUGCGGUCGCAUGCAUACGCUGGAGACCUCGCCGGACUCAUUGGAGUUGCGCGAGGGUUACGAUGACCUUGUCUGUGAUCUAUGUGAGUCCGGGGACCGGCCGGACGAGCUGCUGCUCUGCGACAAAUGUGACAAAGGCUUUCACAUGAAAUGUGUGAGGCCGAUCGUUUUCAGGGUUCCGAUUGGAUCAUGGCUUUGCCCUAAUUGCUUGGGGACGAAGAGAGUUAGGAGAUUUACGCAGGGUUCAAUAUUGGAUUUCUUCGGGAUUCGGAGUGGUGAUUUUGCUACAAAACCCAGAUCUCCUUCUCGGUAUGCUAGGAGGCGUCGGAGAACUCGGCCUCUGGUAGGCCAGAAGAAAAAGUGGAGACUGUUACCAUUUAUUCCUUCAGACGAUCCUGACCAGAGACUGAAACAAAUGGGUUCCCUUGCUUCUGCUUUAACAGCAAUGCAUAUGGAUUACAGUGAUCACCUCACAUACAUGCCUGGAAUGGCUCCUGAAUCUGCUAAUGACGCCAAUUUGGAACGCAAGGGCAUACAGAGCCUCUCCAAGGAAGACACGAAGACCUUAGAAAAGUGCAAAGCUAUGUCUAGAAGAGGCGAAUGCCCUCCCUUUAUGGUUGUUUUUGAUUCACGUGAAGGCUAUACCGUGGAGGCUGAUGGCCUAAUCAAGGCUAUGACAUUUAUUGCUGAAUACACUGGUGAUGUGGAUUACGUGAACAAACGAGAAUCUGAUGAUGGUGACAGUAUGAUGACACUUAUUCUUUCAGAAGACGAAUCUAAAAAGCUUGUUAUCUGUGCUGAUAAACGUGGAAACAUUUCUCGCUUUAUCAAUGGCAUCAACAAUCAUACUCAGGAAGGUAAGAAGAAGCAGAACUGCAAAUCUGUAAGAUACAAUGUUGAUGGUCAAUCCCGGGUCUUUUUGGUUGCUACUCGUGAUAUUGCCAAGGGGGAGAGGCUUUAUUAUGAUUAUAAUGGUUAUGAGCAUCGAUAUCCGACUGAGAAUUUUGUCUAGUGAAGGCAUGCAUACUUCCCAAUAAUCCAAUUGGGACGCAUUUUAGAUCCUCCUGAAAGGAUUUUAAUUAUAUUCUUGAAAAAAUUAAUUUAUAGUUCUUGGCUUCUUGCGGAUUCGACAAAAAAAUUCUUAAAUUGUUGCCAUGGGAAAUUUAUGUUGUAGAGUGAGCCCAAUUAUGCGGCUUAGGAAAACUUUCUUCAUUUAGGUGAUAUCUCAAAAUUUGAACUGAGAUAUUCUCAACAGUUUCAAGUAGUUGAAAAGAUUCUCAGAUUUUACCUUUAAUUUAUUACAUUUUAUCUUUA